AUGGAAAGUCUGCAAUCAUUAAACACGGAAACAGAAUUAACUAGUAGUAGCCAUAACAGUCAUAUAUUAGAUCCACAAAAUGUUGUAUCAGAACCUGUUAAUAAAGGAACCAAUGUUAGUCUCAAUACUGAUCUACAGAAGGGUGCAGAUAAUUUCCCAGAUAUUGAUAUACUUGACCAAUCACAGGAAAACAAAUUAGGUGAUAAAUCAAUACUCAGUAGUGGAUUGUCAGAACAAUUAUCGAUUGCCACAGAAUCUCAUGAUAUAGACAUACUUGACGAUAUACCUCCUUUAGAAAAUAUUACAGAAGAUGUUGAAGAUAUUGGUGUCAUUGUUACAGAUUUGGAUCUAGGCAUUACUGACGAAUCAAAACAAAAAAUUAAUACUCCAGAAACUCAGCUGAAAUCAGAUGGACAUAAUGAAAAUAGUACUGAUAUAACAAAUUGCGAAACUAUACCUGUGAUAAAAAAACAAGAGUCCGAUAUAAUUAUUCAAAAGGAAACUUCAACGAUUACUGAAGAUGUUAUCCCAGUUAAGAAUAAUAAUAUACAUACUGAAAGUAUUGAAGACACCAAAGACAACGACGUAGAGUGUAAAAAAACUGUUGAAAAUAGUAAUAUAAACUCUAUUACCUCAGGUAUUUCUAGUUUACCGAAUGUGAAUACUACUUCUGAUCUAAAAGUACCUGAUGUGGGUACAGACGUUGAAGAAUCAAUAGACAAGAUACCUAAAAAAAAUUUACAGUCACCUUCUAAUGAGAAUGUUACUAAAGAAGAGAUGCAUGAGGAUAUUGAUAUGAGAAUGAAACAGGAAGAUGUGGAUGCUAUGAAUCUUGAACUAUCAACAAACUUAGGUGAUGAUGAUUUUCCAAAACUAUAUGAUUUCGACACUAAAGAUAAUAAUGAUAUAUUUUCUUCGCAUGAUAUUUUAGAAGGGUCGAUACAGACCAAAAAAGAAUUUACUGAGAAUAAUACCCAAAUAUCAAAAGAAAAUGAUACCUCUGCAUUGCCCGACCCCACCGACGAUAAACUACAAGAAGAAAACAGAACAGAUUUGAGUAUAUUUAAGCAUGGAUUAAAUACAUCACUAUGUUUACCAAAGACAGAAGAGAUCAAUAAUGAAAUAAAUAUCGAUGACUCACCUCUUUUAAGUGAUGAUCAAAUAAGUAACGAAUUAAUCACGUCAUCAAAAUUUAACGCUGAGCAUUCUUCUAACAUAAAUAUGAUGGCAUCAUCUUCAUUAAAUAAUAAUGAAAAAUCUACAGAUUUACAAAAUCUUACGGAGGGAGAAAGCCUUUCAUUAGAUGCAAUAAACAAUAAUACUCUUGAUAUCAAAAUAAAACAAGAAGAAAACGAGAAUAAAAAUGUAAAUAAAUCUAACGGAUCAUCACAAAUACAUCAGAAUACGUUUGAUAAAAGUGAAAACAGAAAUACACCCGCCUCUAUUAUCUCAGAGAGGAAUAAUUUAUUGUAUAGAAAAAGAAAAAAUUCGCUUAUACCUGGUGUGUUUUAUCCAAGCAAUUUAUCAGGCUACACUUUCAGUUCAGUUCAAUCUUCUAAUUCUAAUAACAACACAAUACCUAGAGAAAUACGAAAUGGGCUACCUUUAGAGAGUGCCUUGGUUAUCUCUAAUGAUUCCGCAAAUGCUGUAAGUAUACCGAAAAGUGAAGCGAGCGGUAACCUUAAAAAUGAAUUAUCACCAGAAGUUCCUAAAGAACAACCCACAAUAUUUGCGUAUGCUAGACUAGAUUUUCAAAGUUUUACCUUUUACGUUCAAACUUUACAUGCAGUUAUAGGAAGACGCUCAGAAAAUGAUACAACACAUAAAGUGGAUGUCAAUUUAGGCCCUUCUAAAUCAAUUUCAAGAAGACAUGCUCAGAUAUUUUAUAAUUUUGGGACUGGUAGAUUUGAAUUAUCUAUUAUUGGUAAGAAUGGCGCUUUUGUAGAUGAUAUAUUUAUAGAAAGAGGAAAUACAGUUCCGCUUCAUAAUAAAACAAAAAUUCAAAUUGGCCAAAUACCGUUUCAAUUUGUAUUACCUGAAAAGGAUGAACAAAUGCAACAAAAGAGCAUAGCUGAGGAUAAGAAAGAGAUUAAAGGAACAAUUAAGGAACGAAACACAACACAAGCUUCAGAAUCUAAACCUAAAUCAAAACCCCAAAAUAAAACAGACUCAAAACCCAACGAACCGAAAAAGAAAACAACUAAGAUUUCUAAGCCUACAAGAAAAGAACCAAAGGAAAAAGAGAAAAAAAUCCCUAAACCUCCAAAGAAAGUUUAUACUCUGGAGGAAAUACCAGUAGAGUAUAGAACCAAACCUCCAUUUUCAUAUUCUGCUAUGUUGACUACUUGUAUUAGAAAAUAUUCUAGUGAACAAGGUAUGUCAUUGUCCGAAAUAUAUGAGGGAAUACGAGAAUUAUAUCCAUACUAUAAAUAUUGUCCUGAUGGUUGGCAAAGUUCUGUUAGACAUAAUCUUUCGCUGAAUAAAUCAUUUAGGAAGGUUUGUAAGAAGGGUAAAGGCUGGCUUUGGGGUCUUGACGAGGCAUAUAUUGCUGAACGAGAAAAGAUAAAACAAAAACAAGCAGAAGCAGCGAAAGCCAAGGCGCAGGCGGCCCAGCUAAAAUUGCAACAACAAAAUGUUGCAAAGGGUAAGACUGUAGUAACACAUGGUAAAAAACAAGUGAAAGCAAAUAUAUCCCAAACUUUAUCAGCAAAUAGAAGCGGAAAGAAUGGUGCUCUUACAAUAAAUAAACAAUCUGCUCCUUCACAGACCACAAAAGGGAAUGAUACGCAAAGAACUAUGAAAUUUUUGCAAGAGCAAUUAAUAAUCAUGACUAGAGAUAGAAAAGGUUUAGAUAAACCAACAAUUGCAAUAAUUUUAACACAGGCUUUAGCAAUGACAAUAAAUCAAGUCACUCAAGCUGCUAAAAGUCAAGGUAUAAAAGGUAAUCCUUUAACGGCAUUAAUGGAUAAAAAUCCACAACAUCUUAACUUAAUCCUUUCUGCUGCAGUGAAUGCUGCCACAGCCAAGGUUACCAAAGGUAAUGUUAAACAGUUGGUUGACCCAUCAGUUUUGCAAGAAAUUAAUGCAAAGACAUCAGCCAGUGACAAUUCUAAUCUAAAGAAGAAUAAAACAGCUAUAAAAACAGAUAAGGAUGCUACCAAUAUAAAACAAACUAGUACUCCCGUAAAGUUAUCAGUAAAAUCUAAUUCUUCAAAUAAUACAAACAAACCAAAUACAGUGACUAGUUCUUCUUCGACGUCAUCUCAUACAUCUUCUAUCUCAACACCAUCUGCACCAUCGGGAGGAUUUGAUCCCACAUCUUUGUCAAGGUUUUUCCAACCUAAAAAUCAAAAUAAUCGAACAGCUACCUCUUCUAUUUCUUCAUCAGCUAAUCAUAAUAGAUCUAUCACAAUCUCUAAGGUUUCUUUAACACCAGCAAAAAGACCACAUGGGAAUAUUAACACUAAAGAAAAUAAUAAAAGACUUAAACAAAGCAAUGAUUCUGGUAAUUCUAAUGACAGUAGUGAUAGCGAUACAAGCGAUUCGAGUGAUUCGAGUGACACAAGUGGUUCGAGCGAUUCAAGCGAUUCAAGCGAUUCGAGUGAUUCAAGCGAUGGUUCAACUAAUAAUGUAAGUGACAGUGACAGCUCUAGUAAUAAUGAUUCAGAUUCAGAUUCAAGUGAUAAUGAUUCAACAAAAAAUGACAACAAUAGCAAGAAUACAAGUAGCCAGGAACAAAAGGUGGCAACUGAACUAACUAUUGGAAAUGAAAAUAAUGAAAUUAGAAAAGAAAAAUCAAACAAUGAAAAUAAUCAUGGUAGCGAACAGAAUACUAUUAAUACUGAUAAAGUACCUGAUAACAAAGAACAGGAUCAUACAACAGAAAAUGUCGUUAUUGAAUCUAAAAAUUCAGAGGAAGAUGAAAAUAACAAGAAUGUUAGCAGUGACAAUAAACAGGUGUCUAUAAAUGAAGUAUCUAACAAUAUUUCAGAAUCAACUAAAGACAAAGUGGCCAAGCCUGUAGAAGAGUCCAUGAAACCCACUGAAUUUAAUUCAAACGAGAAAUUAUCUUCAGAAGAAAAAAAAGUAGAGGCUGAUGAGCAAAAUGAAUAA